AUGUCCUCCAGCAUCCCCACCAAUGCAGUGCAAGGCCGAAAGUCAGACCUCGAGGACUUCCUCCAUCGUACCAACAACGCCGGUCUACAUAUAACCGAGUCGAGCGCCAACGACAGCGGCAACUGGGAAGUCGUGGACAAGGAGGAAGCGCUGCACGAGCUGGACAAGGACGAGUGGACCCUCAUCGGCAAGACCGUGACCGAGAAGCAGGAGGAGGCGGAGCGUAAGGAGCGGAUGGAGAAGCAGAAAGAAGAGCGCAAGGCGGAGAAGCGUACGGAGAAGCAUUCGAAGCGUGCCUCAUACGCUGAGGCUGCUGCUGCUGCUGCUGCUGCUGUUAGAAAGUUUUAG